AUGCAAACACAGCUGCUAGUGUUCUCCAUUGAGUUCUCGCACCUCUGCGAAGCCUUAGCUGAACAAAUCCAGUUUGUUGGAACUGCGGGCAGCAAGAAACAGCUGAGUUCGGCGCCAUCCAGCGGCCCAACACCUGGAUUGUGGACCGCACCCGCGGCCCCAGCGACUUUUCCGUCCACAGCAAAUGCCAACGGUGCGCAGGACAAGGAAGACUAUGAUCCAGAGGAAGAAGUGACACAGAUUCCUGGCUGGGCACCAUCAGUGAAUUUGGAGGUUAAAGACUAUGUCGCGACCGGGGAAGAGUCGGAAGAGGAGCUCUACAGCCAGCGUUCCAAGCUAUUGCGCUUCGUGGAGGGUGAGUGGAAGGAACGUGGCACGGGCGAUGCCAAGAUCCUGAGGCAUGUGGAGUCCCGCAAGUGUCGCUUCUUGAUGCGGCAAGAGAAGACCUCAAAAAUUGUUGCCAACCACUACAUCAUCGAUCAAAAGCCGUACUGUGAACUGGUCCACAAUGCGGGCAAUGCCAAGAUUUGGGUUUGGACAGCCUUGGAUUUCGCAGAUGAGGAGCAAAAGAUGGAGAAGUUUGCCCUUCGAUUCAAGACCGAGGAGCUGGCGGAGGAGUUUGCGGUGGCCUUCUUGGCGGCCAAGAGCGGCGAGGCAGCCCAGUGGCAAGAAGACGAAUGGAAAGUAGCAGGUCUUUUUCGUGGCAUACCGACUGAUGGGUUGCAGGAUCAGACAGCAAGAUCACCGACAGAAAGCUGCGAUUGGACACUGAAGAUGCGCGCCAUGGACGCAAUGCGGUUGCUGGCAGCUGUCUUUGCAGUUGCUAGUGCUCGCAAUAGCAGUGAGCUGCGCCGACCUGCAUGUUCAGCCAACAGCAAGUGUCUGGGGCUGAAUGGGGACUGCUGUCCCACACCCAAUGGUCGACUGUUGGAGUGCUGCGAAGGCAGUGAGGCAGUCGAGCAGCCGCAGCCCACGCAGGCGACGGGGGCCAUUCCACCGCCUCACGUGAUCCCUGGCUCUACGGCUGGUCUUGGACCUGCUUGUGAGAAAUACCUUCAGGCCAAGGGCUUGACCUCCCCGGAGGACUUGGCCGCGCGCCUGCAGCGCUGCACCGUGGCACCAGGGGGGCCCGGGGGGCCGGAACGCUACGCGCCCAAGCCGGAGCCCGACAUCCCGGGAGCCACCGAUACGACAGACUUGCAGUGCCAGUACAAUUCACCCUUCGGUCAGAACUCCAUGUGUUGCGGAUGGAGGCCGCACUUCAACUGGGUGGUGGGCACCUGUGAGAGAAACUCUAAGAUUCCCAACGCCACCUUCUGUGACGGCGUGCCUAGUUGUGCCCGUGAGCCACAGAUCAACUACGCUGCUGCAUAUCAGUACAAUGGCACUCACUUCAUCAUGCAGGAUGCUUCGACAGCCGGCGACAUUUCUUCCAGCGGAGUUGCGGGAUCUUUCAAAGACAAAACUGGCUGGGAGUCGGUGAAGAGCAACUUCAAGUGGGAAGGUGGCGAAGGCGAUUGGCCCACCAAGUACGCCCCUUGGGGCGGGGUUGAAGGUCCACGUGGCCUCACUCCACCUGCGGCACUUUGGGUGCUCAGCGUGGACAGUUUCUACUACGGCACCUUAUACAUGUUGUCGCAACUGACGUUGAAUGCCCAGGGCCACAAGGAGCACAACAACUGCUGGGAGUGGGAGUUUGAUGCCAUCGAGGGUUUGCUGGGCACCGUGCCCAAAGGCAGCGCCUUGCCCGGCAACCUGAACCAGUUGUAUGUCACAGCCACUGCACAGGUCACUGGCUGCAUGCCGAUGCCUGGCACCGCCCAGCAGGGCAAUGGAAGAGGACACAACUUCACGGAACCCAAGAGCUUUGAACGCUUUUGCCACCAGAAUCCCAGUGCGGUGGGGUGCAAGCCUUGGACCGCAGAGGGGGCCAAGAUUUGGCAUGGCGGAGGUCAUCAGGGGACGGAUCGUUUUGAGAACUUGGAGAAUACGCCCUAUGUCUUCGCAGUGGUGCUGGACCGCAACGGCUUUUGGGUCUAUCGCUGGCGGCCGGACGAGACUGGUGCCACGGGUUGGCCCGGCAUCUCUCAGACUUCCGCGGCACGGGUGUUGCCCAGCCAGCCUCGGAGGAUUUUGGAUCCUCGUGGCCUCAAGACCGAUGUGUCUGGUGACACACCUGAAGCGGUGAUCUUGAUCCCCAGCCUGCUUCCAGAAGCAGCUUGCACACGGUCAUCUCCAGAAAGAGCGGAUUUCCGCUGGGGUGCCAGUGCCUUAGGAUCCAUGGGUUAUGAGAUGAAGGAUUACAAGCCAGGUGAGAAGCUUCAGGGCGCUCAGAAUUGGUGGGCACAUUUUGUUGACACUCAUCAGUUGCAGGAUUAUCCUCUUUCAAUUGCUGGUGUUCCUGCCGAUGCCGAGAAAGCCCUAUACUCCUGCAACAAGCGGGAAGGUUUCGGCCGCCAAUGCAGUUGCAAGUACGGUGGUGGUUCGCGACGGCUGGGCUUUUUGGAGGCCUUGGAAGCAGGGCCGCACUUUGAUGCCGAAGCUGUGUCUGGAACGUAUUCACCACAAGGUCAAGGGGGAUGCCUUGCAGCUUUGGCCCAGGAGCAGGCCAGCUCGGGCUGGCGUUGUCCUGGCUGCCGUUUAGUGUACGGUGACCAGGUCAUUGAGUGUUCCAUCUGUGAGAAAGCUCGGCCUGGCUAUGAAGAAGAAGUGGCCGCGGCCAAAGCCCAGAAGGGCCAAGCCACGCAGAACGCCAUGGCAGCGUUUCUUGGUACUGGUGCUGCCUCAGCUGCUCCGUCGGUAGCCCAAGUGCUAGUGGGGUGGUGA